GCUCCCUCCCCGAAGUCCGAACUCAACGCAACCUCUCGUUAAGCUGCAGAGGAGGGAGGACCUUUCUUUCUCUCCAACAAAGCCACGAGGCAGAGAGAAAGGUGUUGUUUCUUCUGCGUGCUCGAAUCUCUCAGAUUAUACGGCGGCAAUGAAGAAAUCAGGAUUCUUGAUGGCUUCCAUGGCUGCAGCUUCUGCCACCGCUAUCUCUGCUUCUAAUACUUCUUCCUCUUCAUCUUCGGAUUUCUUCGCCAAUUCGAAGAUCCAAACGCAUUGCGAGGACUCUGUGUCAAGCAAGGGCCGAGAUAAUUUUUCUGCAAGGAUGCAGCCCUCGUCGGAUAAAUUUGCGCCGAGGUUCGACGGAUUGAGAUUCAUUGAGACGCUCGUCACGGCUCAUAGAUGAGCAACAUCCCUCACAUGAAAGAACAUCCCAUAAUUUCAGUGUUUUAAAGAAAUAUGGUGUGGUUUCUUCCUUUCUGUUUGCUCGAUUUUAUUUUCAAAUUUAACAGUUUUGGUAGGAUAUUUGUUAGGAGACAGAGGUGAUUAUGAGUGGGGGAAUUAAUGGCAUCAGGUUCAUUGCUAAAUUGCAACAUUACAUGUUAUGUUGUUGUAAUUUCUAAUUAGUGGCAUGAUUAGCAUCGUAACUUCUCCAAAUCUCUUUCUUAAAAUCUAAAAAUCUAGUUGUUUGGUGGUCGGUUGGCUUUGAUUUUA